UUUGGGUUCUCUAAUCAGUCUGCUCCACACAUGGUUAAUGUUUAGCCCAACCUCCAGGACUCUCUUCUCCAUCCCAGAAGCUGAACCUAUGUGCCAGCUCCAGUCUGCCCAGAGCACUCUUCUAAGUAGGAGACUCCUCUGCGAGCCAGAAGACGGAGCUGUGCCUACAACCUGGAUCUGCGCCUAGAAGACGGAGCUGUGCCUGGAAAACGGAGCUGUGCCUAGAAGAUGGAGCUCUAGAAGACGGAGCUCUAGAAGACGGAGCUCUAGGAGUUUGACUUGCGCAUAGAAGACGGAGCUCUAAAAGACGGAGCUCUAGGAGACGGAGCUGCGCCUAGAAGACGGAGCUCUAGAAGACGGAGCUCUAAAAGACAGAGCUGUGCCUAGAAGACGGAGCUCUAGAAGACAGCUGUGCCUAGAAGACGGAGCUCUAGAAGACGGAGCUGUGCCUAAAAGAUGGAGCUGUUCCUAGAAGACGGAGCUCUAGAAGAUGGAGCUUUGCCUAGAAGACAGAGCUGUGCCUAGAAGACGGAGCUCUAGAAGACGGAGCUGUGCCUAGAAGACGGAGCUCUAGAAGACGGAGCUCUAGAAGACAGAGCUCUAGAAGACAGAGCUCUAGAAGACAGAGCUCUAGAAGACGGAGCUGCGCCUAGAAGACGGAGCUGCGCCUAGAAGACGGAGCUGUGCCUAGAAGACGGAGCUGUGCCUAGGCAUUCAACAGGACAGUCUGCUGGGACAGGACUGAGCUGAAGAGGAGCGGAGGAGGGGAAAGCCUAUCGUGGGAGACACAGACGCAGUGAUGGUCCCGCCCCCGAGGAGUCCUGAAGAAGGAAAUGCCCCAUAAAUGAACCCCCAUAUAGCACAAAGCGCCCUACAAGGGGCAGAAAGGAGGAGGAGCGACGUGCAGCGGACAAGUGAAUGGACACAACUGGUUGUCAUCUGGCGCCUUCCCUUCCCUUCACCAUGACUAACACCACCCGGGAGGCCUGCAACGUGGACUCAGAUCUGGAUGGGGUCCUUCCUCCGUCCCUCUAUGCCGUGGUGUUUGUGGUCGGUCUUCCGGCCAAUCUGCUGGCGCUGUGGGCAGCCUGGAUUCAGGUGCGGAAAGGUAAAGAACUGGGAGUGUACCUGCUGAACCUCAGCCUCUCCGAUCUCCUCCUUAUUUGCGCCCUUCCACCAUGGACAGACUAUUACCUGCGGCGGGACGUAUGGGGCUACGGGCCGGGGGCCUGCCGACUUUUUGGAUUCGUCUUCUACACCAAUCUGUACGUGGGAGCGGCCUUCCUGUCCUGCGUCUCUGCGGACCGAUACCUGGCGGUGGCACACCCGCUGCGCUUCCCCGGCGCCAGGCCCAUCCGUUCGGCCGCCGCCAUCUCCGCGCUGGUCUGGGUCGUCGAACUGGCCGCCAAUACCCCGCCCUUGUUCAGCGACGCGAUCACCCGGGACCGCUACAACCACACCUUCUGCUACGAGAGCUACCCCCUCUCAGGAACGGCGGACGCCCUGGCCAACGUGGGGAGGGUACUAGCGGGAUUUUUAUUGCCCUGGGGGAUCAUGCUGCUGUGUUAUGCCGGAUUACUGCGGGCCCUGAAGGACAGCGCGUCGUGUGAGCGAAGGGAGAAGAGGAGAGUGCGAAGACUGGCGCUGGGCCUCCCAUGUGUGGCCCUCCUGUGUUACGGGCCCUAUUACGUGCUGCUGCUCCUGCGCAGCGUGGUGUUUCUGAUCAGCGGAGACGCGGGGGCGGAGGGCAAAAGCUGCGCCCUCGAGGAAAGGCUCUUCCCUGCAUACCACGCGGCACUGGCCAUGGCCACCCUGAACUGUGUCGCAGAUCCCGCCCUUUACUGCCUGGCCUGCCCUGGGGCAAGAGGGGAGGUGGCAAAGGCGAUAGGGCGGGUGGUGGCGUGGGUGAUGGGGAAGGACAGAACUGGCUGGUUGGACAGGGGAGGGGAAGGGCGGGGGAUGGGAUAUCGAGGAGAAGAAAUGGGGAUGGUGGAAAUGGCUGGAAGACGGGCCGCCUCCAUAGUAUGAGCCAGGAGGGCAGACGGGCGACGGGGAGAAUCUGCACAAUGCAAUAAAUUAUUCCAACAUC